AUGAAUCGCCAUAAAUGGACUUCCGAAACUCCAUUACCUGAACUAGCUAAAUACACUGAGGAAAUUAACGAAAGGCUUACUAAAGAACAAGUAGAAGUUUUCAUUCCUAUUCGACCUUCUGGAAAGCAUGAAGAAGGCAGGGCUACUGUUGAUAAAAUUGCUUAA